AUUUGUGAAGGGAAUACUCUUCGCCUCGGUCGUCAAUCCCCUUCCUCUGCAGAGUCCCCCACUCCCCUUGGGUUGUGGGGCUGCUGUUGCUCGGCGUCGGCGAUGAACGGCGGCGGGUCCGGAGGGGCGAGCGGGCCGGACUCCCGCGUGGAGACCAUCUCCCGCCUGGCGCAGUGGCGCAUCGACACCUUCGGCCCCUGCUCCUACCGCCGCUCCGACCCCUUCAAGCUCGGCAUCUGGAACUGGUACCUGUCGGUGGAGAAGAGCCGCUCCAUCUUCGUGCGCCUCUUCCCGGAGCCCGGCCGGGUGGCCAAGGAGCAGCCCCCUCUCGCGCGCUUCCUGCUCCGCGUCUCCUGGGCCGGCCCGCCGCGACGCACCUGCGUCUCCCCUGUGCACGAACAUCUUCUGCGUACCAGUGAUGACUUUGUCUGGCAAGUUGAUGCAAUGUCCCAUGGGCGUUUUACGAUUGAUGUUGAGUUUCUGGACCUGAGGAUAGCCAAUAACAAUGCUACUGAAUCAUUGUCGGUAUGGCCAACCGAAGGCAUGGUGCAGAAGAUUGCGAGCAAGAGCACCCUCGGGUGUCUCUCCCGCAUGCUGACGGAUUCCAUCCACACAGACGUGACCAUCAACACGACGGACGGCGUCCUGAAGGCCCACAAGGCGGUGCUGGCGGCGUGCUCCCCCGUGUUCGAAAGCAUGUUCAUGCACGACCUGAGGGAGAAGGAGUCGUCCACAAUCAACAUCAGCGACAUGUGCCUGGAGUCGUGCUCGGCGCUGCUGGGCUUCAUCUAUGGGACGAUCGAGCAGGGGCAGUUCUGGAAGCACCGGCUGCCACUGCUGGCGGCGGCCAACAAGUACGGGAUUGGCGACAUCAAGGACUGCUGCGAGGAGAGCCUGCUGGAGGAUAUUACCUCGGCGAACGUCCUUGAGCGGCUCCACGUGGCGUGGCUGUACCAGCUGGAGCGGCUCAAGAAAGGGUGCCUCACCUACCUGUUUGUGUUUGGGAAGAUUUAUGAUGUGAGGGACGAGAUGCACAGCUUCUUCCACCACGCGGACCGCGAGCUCAUGCUCGAGAUGUUCCAGGAGGUCCUCAGCGUGUGGAAGCCCAUGUGAAUGAGUUGAAUUAUGAUGAUGGUGUGUCUCUGGCUUUCUGUGGGUAUGGAUGGGAGAAACCAUCAGUAUUGCUGAGUUGUUCGUGCUGCCUGCCAAUAGGAUUGAAGCAUUCCUGCCCCUGUGAGAUGCGUUUCAUGAUGUUAAAACUUGUUCGGUUGCAAUGUGUAGAGAGGAUGCUGGUUAUGUAAGAGUAUGGUGUACAUAUUUGAAACGAAAAGGUUCUCAGAAUUCGAAUGGAAGUUAAAUUAUGCAUCA